AUGUCGGCUCUACCUGCGUGUGUCCUGUGUUGCUUAGGGAAAGGAGGGCCGAAGGCAAAAACCAUCGGAGGCGUCGCGGGGCCGCGUUUCCUCAUCGCAGAGACUCACGUGCCGAAACCUCCUCCGGGCUUCAAAGCCGCCACCAAGCUCCAGUGGACGCCUCUGGCGGAGGAAAAGGUCACAGGGACGAUUUUUGAGGGCCUUUUGGAUCGCUUCCCUUUGGCGUCUCCGAGAGCCCAGGGCGCCGAGGCGGAGGCCUCUCCGCCGUUUUCGCCUUGCUCUGUCUUGAAUGACACUGCAGAGAGUGACGGCGGCAGCUCCCCCGGCAGCCAACAGGCGGCACUUCCACCGGAUCUGCAGAAGGACCUGAAAGCCGCUUCGGAGUCGGAAGCAAAGCUUCAGCAGCGAGCUCUCGAGUCUGUCGACGGACCCUCAACCAGUGGCGGCAGCAGUCCUCUUCUUUCUUUCUCUUCUUGCCCAGCCACUCCAGAGAGCAGCGUAAAGAAAGACGCAGAGGGAGCCAAGGCGGCCAGACUUGGGGAGACCUGCGUCGCUGCGCCGCCCUCGUCUGCUUCGCCUGGUGCCCCCGCCUCGCCCGCGGGCUCCAGUCCGCUGGAGCCCGCCCUGCAGGCUCCAGCGGACGAGAAAAGCGACAGCGAACAAAUGGAAGGCACCGACGGCGGCGCGACGUCGACGCGUGGCGUCGUGCCCUUUCGUUACCGCCUGGAUUUCGUUCGUCUCUUUGACCUCUUCUACCUAGACGAGAAAGAGCUCUCGCUCAAGACGAAGAAGGCUGGAGGCGCAGGGAGCGGAGGCGGCGGUGCCGGUGGGGACGGCGCGGGGCCUCUGAAGAAGAAGGGCGUCCUCGACGGAAAGGCGAGUCAGAACGUUGAGAUCUGUUUGAAAAAGUACAAAAUCGCGACUCUCGACGACUUCAAAGACCUCGCUGCGCAGAUCGACGACCCCACCACGCUGGCGAUCGACUCCAACCUCGCUGACAACAUUACGCAGUACUGGCCAGAUACAAGCAUGACGGAGGCCCUCAAGGCCAAGACUGCCGAAGAUGUGCUGCAAAUGCCCGUCGCCGACCAGCUCUACUACACGCUGAUACAACACGUCUCCCUCGGAAACGAAAAACUCAACUUCUUCCUCCAACGUCGAGGAGUCGACGAGGAGCUCGACAGCAAGCGCGAGAAGCUGAGCAAGUAUAGCCAGGCGAUCGACCGGCUGGCCAAGACGCUGGAGAGCGACGCGUUUCAGGACAUUCUGGGGCUGGUGGUGCGCUUGGGGAACUGCGUGAACCGCGGCAGCAAGGAGGGAUUCGGCUUCAAGAUGAAGGACUUUGUCGGUCAGCUUGCCUCCUGCGUCAGCAAAGACCGAUCGACCAAUCUCUUUAGAGUCUUGGUGGCGACUGUGUUGGAGCAGAACCCUGCCGACUGGGAGGCGAUGCGAGGUUUGCAGGAAGUCGAUGCAGCGAAAGGCAUUGACUUGAAGGACCUGCUGCAGUUCGGAGACAUCGAGAAGAAGCUGGGUGCGUGGACGAAGCAGAUCGGCGACCGCCGCAGCGCGUUCGGUGAGGCAGCGGACAAGAUGGAGGCGUGGAUCCACAGUCGCGAGGCGCUGCUGCAGGAGCUGAAGAAGCAAGUCGAAGACGCAGAGGAGCUGCAGCUUCGGCUGCGGGGUCUCAUGGGCCUGACCAAGGCAGAGUGCAUCUGGCCAGAGCCGCUGCGCUGGUUUGGACAGUUCUACACGCACUUCGAAACGACGGCAAAGGAGUACCGCGGCGCAAAGGACCGGGAUCGGCAAAAAGCUGAACGCGAGGUGAAGAAGAAGAACGACUCUAUUCGCCGCGCAUGCACCGUCGGCGGAGGGACUACGAGUUCCAUCGCAGAAAAACACUCUCCAUCUGUGCCGUUUCGCGGCUCCUCGACAGGUCGCUUUGCCUUCUCGAGCUGCGCGGCAGGCUCGACGGGAGGCGACACGAGUGGGAACUUCUUCAGCGGCGUCGGGGCGCAAUUCCAGUCGUCCCUGGCUCCGCCACAGCGACACCGAAGUUGCGGCGGGCUCGAGGGGUCCCCCUUCCGCUCUCCAGGCGGCCCGCGGCCGCUCUCGCCUCUCGCCCCUGUGGGGUCUCCGAGGGCUGUGAAGGUCAAGGCUUUUGGCAGCGACGAGGCGUGGGAGGACAAGCCCGGAUCAGGCCCCGCAGGAGCUCUUCAGGGCGAGGGCGGUAUCGCACAGGCGCCAGCAGCAGAGCCCGGCGAAGAGUCUCGAAGCGAAGACGUGAAGACGGGUGAAGACGGCGGGGGACAGUCAGGGGGGCAGGUGUCUCCCAAAGAGGCCACGCAAGAGAAAGUUAUAUGGGAUGCUAAAGGACGGCGAGAUAGCCACCCGGGGGCAUUGGCGAUGACCCCGAGUGACUCCGCCAGUUACAGAGUGAGCUGCCUCGGUUUGGUCGCGACGACGAUCAAGCACGAAAAAAGCAAAGUCGCGGAGAAGACCAAAGGCAAAGAGUCAGUGGGCGACGAAGGCGCACGGGAGAAGAGGGCGGCUGCGGCCGACACCGCGAGCGGCGAGAAGGCAGAAAAGCAUGUCGAAGACGUGGUGAAUUUGAUUGCGAACGUGGAUGAAGAAGGCCGAGGCAUGCCCCCACGGAUCAUGGCUACGUGGGCGAAAGCAAGGUCGCCAAAUUCCGUUGUGUGUCACAGAGGAAAAAAAGGGGCUUCCGGCAUGACGUUUCCUGCGUUGCUAAGGAACAAGUUGCAUAGAGAACAGCAACGCUCUGUCUUUGAUUCAUCCCGAUUUUCCUCGACUCCACACGGCGCUCCAUCAAUUACCCUGGUCGCCGCGUCGCAUGCCUCGUCUGACGUCUACACGCCGCCUCUCUCAUCUUGUCAGUCGCCUCUGUCGCCCCAAACUUCUCUGAGACUCCAGUCUCUCCAGGGCGCCUCCCACGGCGUCCUCUCUUCUGCGUCUGCUUCUCCAGAUUCCUGCAUUAUACCGCUGUCGGUGACUCUGCCCAACCUCUCUCCGUCCACGGGUAUCUUUCGCGAACUCGCCGUGUCUUCCCUAGACAAAGGUGCCUCUCUCGGGAGGAGGGACAGCCGCGGCGAGGUCAUCCCACUCUCGUCUGGAGAGGGAGUCGGUGGCGGCUCUGUGUCUGCCUCCUUUGUUAAGUCAGAACUCACCACCAGCAUGCGAGAAGACGAGCGAGGCGAAAGCGCGACAAAGGCUCGCGUCGCCGACAAGGUCGGCUCGCCUCUGGUUCGGAACAAAGUCAUCCUGCCGACAUCGACAGCCCCUUCAGGCGCCGCGCGAGCCUCUGGGCGGGCCUCUCGACCCGCAGGUGCUGAGCCUCUGCAGGCGUCAGCCGUGACCGCAGGCGUCUCAGAGAUGGAUAAGGAAUGGGUGCGGUGUGGAGGCGGCUACUGUCGCCAGAGUGAGUCGAUCUCUAACGCGACAACUGCAGCUGCGUUGCGCGGGCAGCCCCGAGACGUCGGCCGGACGGCUUCGUCGUCGUUCGUUUCCCACGGCUCGUCGGCGGCUCUGCCGGCGACGACGGGCUCCGGAGCUCCGCCCUCGAGGGAGACCUUAGGCGUCGCAGACGAGAGAGAGGAGACAGAGGCGCGCGGCAGCGCCUCAAAGCCCACUCGCCGAAGGAGCCACGGGGCAGCGGUGGACGAGGCUGACGCGGGCACCCGUUUGGAAGGAAGAGGUGCCUCGAAACCAGGCGGAAAAAGGGGGACGUCGGGCAAAUUUCAAUCGUCGCAGCAGCACCAGGCCUCCCCUCCGUGCAGCCAGUCUCCGCAGAUCUCCGGGCGGAGCGUGAUGGACGGCGCGCGAGAAGAGACCGCGCACGCCGCCGCAGAGCGCGCAGGCGAGGCAACUAUGGGAGGAGUGUUUCCGUUGAAAUCACGAGGAGCGGCCGACGCGAUUGCAGAAGCAGAAAAUGUGGGGCUCGAGAAGCCAGAGGGCCGUCCUGACGACGCGGAUCUCGUCAGCGCCCCAGGUGGACGCGGUAGUCUCCCUGUUGUUGCCUCGCGCAGAGCCCUAGAGAGAACUUCGACUGCUAGCGAGAGUAUCCGCAAGGUUCGAACUCGUGUCACGGGUGGACGGGAGGGCAGCGUUGAGCGCCAAGCCACGAAUCCGUACAUCGCCGCGAAUGUGCCCCGGAAUCCGCGCCGGUCCGACCCGGGAGGGCGAGGGGUGGCGGGGCCCGGUCUUUCGGGCGACUCGCCUCGCGCCGCAGACGCCCGUCGGCUGUCGGCGAAAGGGCGCGCUUUCGAUUCGGAUGAGAAGCACGUAGAAGCUGGAGACGAGGGACGGCGGCGAGACAGAAAAAGAACCGAGCCCGUGGGUGCUGCAGUCUCAACUCCUUUGAGGCACGCGCGCCUAAUGAUCAAACAGCACGCGGUCUCGCAAGCAGCGGGCGGGCGCGAGUGUCCCCGAGGCCCGGAGCAACUCCUGCCGCAGAGUGCCAGCGCGACAACGGCGACCGAGAGAGAGCCAGCGUGA